AUGGAGCAGGAGAACCGCACCACGGCCGUGACUGAAUUUGUCCUCUUGGGCCUCACCCAAAGCCCCGCACUGCAGGGGAUCCUUUUUGUUGUCUUCACCGUUAUCUACCUGACGACCUGGCUGGGAAACGUCACCAUCAUCACGGCCGUGAUCUCUGACCCCCAGCUCCACACUCCCAUGUACUUCCUGCUGGCCAACCUGGCCUUCAUUGACGUGAGCGACUCCACCGUCAGCGUGCCGAAGCUGCUGUCGGGUCUCCUCUCCCCGCGCAAAACCAUCUCCUUCCACGAGUGCCUCCUCCAGAUGUUCUUCUUCCACUGCAUUGCCGGCGCCAUGGUCUUCCUGCUGGUGGUGAUGGCUGCCGAUCGGUAUGUGGCCAUCCAUAAGCCACUGCAGUACUUGACUAUCAUGAACCGGGGCGUGUGUGUGGGGCUGGUGGCGGGCACGUGGCUGGGUGGCGUGGCUCAUUCCAUCGUUCAGAUUGGACUGGUUCUCCAGCUCCCGUUCUGUGGGCCGAACGUCCUGGACAAUUUCUACUGCGACGUCCCCCAAGUCAUCAAACUGGCCUGCACAGACACCUACCUCUUCGAGCUGCUGACGGUCUCCCACAACGGGGUGAUUGUCAUCCUCAUCUUCCUCCUCCUGCUCAUGUCCUACACCGUCAUCUUGCUCAAGAUCAGGAUGCACCUCACGGAAGGGAAGCGCAAGGCGCUGUCCACCUGCGGCACCCAGAUCACAGUGGUGUGUUUAAUCUUCGUGCCCUGCAUCUUUGUCUACGCAAGGCCCUUCCGGAAAUUCCCCGUGGACAAGGUGGUCUCGGUCCUGUACACGGUGAAGAUGCGGAGGGCCAUCCGGAGACUCGCAGGCAGGGUGAUCUCCUCAGGGAGGGAAAUAGAGACAUAA